AUGGAGAACUAUACAUACAAUAGCCUCAUUCUUCAGAUGGAGGGGUUAAAGAUCACAAAGACAAGCAAGUACCCUGUCUUCUUCUUCCUGCUUUUGACCUAUGUGUUCAUUUUAUCAGCCAACGUGGGCAUCGUGGUGUUGAUAUGGACGGAGAGAAGCCUCCACCAGCCGAUGUACCUUCUUUUCUGCAACCUAUCCAUUAAUGAUAUCAUGGGAAACUCUCUCCUGGUUCCCCGGGUGCUUGCAGACAUCCUGGUGCCUCCCUCUGAGCGCCUCAUUCAUUACUACGAGUGUCUGAUGCAAGCUUUUACCACACACAUGUUCGGCACCAACGCUCACACCGUGCUCAUGAUCAUGGCCUUUGACAGAUACGUGGCCAUCUGUGACCCCCUGCGCUACACCAACGUAAUGACUGACAGGAUGGUGAUAAAGCUGACGGUGUAUGCCUGGGGGUCUGCCUUUGUUUUAGUGGCUAUUUUGCUCGGUCUGACCAUAAGGCUGAACCGGUGUCGGACUCUGAUCAUGAAUCCUUACUGUGAUAACCCCUCCUUGUUCAAGCUGUCCUGUGAAAAUGUGUUCAUCAAUAAUGCCUACGGCCUCAUAUUCACGGUGAUUUUGCUCUCUGCGUCUAUCAGUAGUAUCAUCCUCACAUACUGUAAAAUCACAGCAGCCUGUGUGACCAGUAAAAGCAGGUCGCUGAACAGCAAAGCACUAAGAACCUGCAGCACUCACCUGUGCCUGUACAUGAUCAUGCUGAUCAGCGGGAUGAUCCUCAUCAUGCUUCAUCGUUUCCCAGAGUACUCAGAGUACAGGAAGAUUUCAGCCAUACUCUUCAACGUCGUCCCCGGCAGUCUGAACCCCAUCAUCUACGGGCUGCAGUCCCAGGAAAUAAACAAGUGUUUGGUCAAUAUUUUCCACUUCAAAAGGGUGAAGCCAUCGCUGUGA